AUGAUUUCUUGCAUCAAUAAACUUUUGUAUCCCACGGCUGCCACAGUGGCCGCAGCUUCAGCUGCAGCUACAUUGGCCCCUUCGAGUGGAGCACCCAGUGAAACACAAAGUGAAAUUUCAUCCGUGGAUAGCGACUGGAGUGACAUAAGAGCGAUAGCAAUGAAACUGGGUGUUUCCAAUCCCGAUGACUUGCACACCGAACGUUUCAAAGUGGACCGUCAGAAAUUGGAACAAAUGAUAAAAGCUGACAGUUCCAUUGAAGGUAUGAAUGGAGCAGAGUAUUUUUUUGAAAGCGUGAUGAAAACUACUGAAACUUAUAUAAGCUGGCCUUGUAGACUUAAAAUCGGUGCAAAGAGUAAAAAGGAUCCUCAUGUUCGUAUAGUAGGUAAAGCUGAAGAAGUAGCAAAAGCUAAAGAACGUAUUUUAGCUAAUCUAGACUCAAGAGGCACACGUGUUAUUAUGAAAAUGGAUGUCUCUUACACGGAUCACUCCUAUAUUAUAGGACGUGGUGGUAAUAAUAUAAAACGUAUCAUGGAGGAUACGGCAACACAUAUACAUUUUCCCGAUUCGAAUCGUUCGAAUCCUACGGAAAAAUCUAAUCAAGUUUCGCUAUGUGGUUCUUUAGAGGGUGUCGAAAAGGCCAGAGCUCUGGUUCGUUUAUCUACACCAUUACUAAUAUCAUUUGAAUUGCCUGUUAUGGCACCAGGACGACCACAGCCAGACAAGGAAACACCAUAUGUAACAAUAGUAGAGCAGAAAUACAAUGUGCAGGUCAUAUUUUCUUCUCGUCCUAAAUUACAUUCAUCCUUGGUUUUGGUAAAGGGUUCUGAAAAAGAAGCUGGACAUGUUCAAGAAGCUACGCAAACUUUGAUAAAUUUUUCUUGUGAAAAUAUAGCAAAUCAAAUAUUGGUAAAUAUGCAAUUGGAAAUCUCUCCGCAGCAUCAUGAAAUCGUUAAAGGAAAGAAUAAUACAAACUUAUUGAGUAUUAUGGAACGUACAAAUACUAAGAUAAUAUUCCCCGAUUUAUCGGAUAUGAAUGUUAAACCAUUGAAGAAAUCUCAAGUGACUAUUAGUGGGACCAUAGAAGGUGUCUAUAAAGCACGACAACAGUUACUCGGUAAUCUACCGAUCGCUUUAAUAUUUGACUUUCCCGACAAUCAAAACGAUGCCUCUGAAAUAAUGAGCCUUAGCACUAAAUAUGGCGUUUACAUAACGUUACGUCAAAAGCAACGACAAAGCACUUUGGCCAUUGUUGUAAAGGGUGUGGAAAAGUUUAUAGAUAAAAUAUACGAAGCCCGUCAUGAGAUUUUACGUUUGACAACACCGAUGAUUAAACCGGAAAUACCGGAGACAUAUUUUAUGCCACAGGACAAAGAUCUCAAUUUGGUUUAUCGUACCACAUUGACAGCUUUGCUGGCUGGCUACACAGAGAGUCCAAAGACUCCGAAUGUAAUGUCAACAGGACAUGUACAAAUAUCACCAUAUGGCAACAAUAAUAAUUUGUUGCUCAAUCACAACAACACCAGCACUCCAACGGGCAUUUGCUCGCCGACUCAAAAGUAUUUGCAGAUCCACAACAACUCAUAUGCCCGGCAACAGCAACAACAUCAACCAGCACAACUCAAUCACAAUAACAACUAUCUUCAACAACAACAACAGCAGCAGGCUGUACAUCAAUCUCACAAUGUGUCGCCUCGCAACAGUUGCAGCAAUACAAGCGGUUACCAGAGUUUCAGCAGCAGUACUACAUCAUUGGAACAGGCUUAUCCACCAUUUGGAAAUGCAUUAGCCGGCUCUAAUGUUGGCCCCAAUGGUACCACUUUAUUAACGGCCAAUAGACCAUCCCCAUUUUCGCCGGACUCGAACUAUAGCAGUGAAGCUGGUUGCAGCCGUUUGGGCAGGAGAUCCAGUGAUGGAGUUUUAUUGGGUUUGAAUGCAUCUGGACCCAUUGGUCCUAUGAUACCCGGUAGCGCUGAAAGUUAUCGUAAUUUACACUAUGACUUAAAGCACAAUCGUACUUUUGAUUUUGACAUUAAGCGCGCCAUGGGUUUUAAGGCCAUGGAACGUCCAGCCGUUGCUGGGGAACUGCGUACUCCCACACCCAAUUGGAUGGGUAUGGGCUUGAGUCGCACUUCACCUGCUCCAAUCGAGACUGUCGAUGAUUUGGCACCAUGGCAACGUGGUCUGGCAGGAGCUGGUAUUCUUGCUUCACCCUAUAGUUUGGGUGCAACAACUGGAAUUGUUGAUUCGACGCCCACCAAUCGUCGCCUUCAGCUUACUCAAUACAAAGACAUACACUCAUUGUUGACAGCCUUGGGUUUGGAGCAUUAUAUUAAAAUUUUCGUUUUGAACGAAAUCGAUUUGGAAAUGUUUACUACACUCACCGAAGAGAAUAUUAUUGAAAUGGGUAUCACAGCAUUUGGACCUCGCAAGAAAAUGCUAACAGCUAUACACACCUUGCAAGCUAAUGAGGCGGUCACAUCAACAAUGCCCCCUUCAUCCUCCUCGAAUGCCUCUUCUCCACGAUUUUCUGGAUCUGCAGCACCCGGUGCUGAACGUAGACCUUCAAAUCAGUGGUAG